AUGCCGUCCUACGUGUCUUUCUCUCAUCUUCCAGUCGAGGUCAUCUACUUAAUUGUCGACCUCCUCGAGCCAGCACGUUACCUCAACUCGUUGGCGCAGACAUGUUCGCGGCUAUAUCUGCUGUUGACCCCAAUGCUCUAUCAAAACAGCACUCGCUCAUCACACGGGUUCCCCAUUGUAUGGGCAGCACAGCAUAGCUCCGAAGGGACCAUUCGCCAAGCAUUUGACGUUGGAGCUUCCACAUAUUCAUGUCAUUACAACUUUCAACAAUCGCUCGUCGCAGCAGUGAACAACAACCAUGAGACCAUCGUCCGACUGAUACUGGAACAAAACAAAGACCCUAGUAUAUUCACAAAAAUGCAGAGCUGCAAGCUGUGCAAAGGUCAGAAAUCCGAUGCCGCCGCCUCGAAAGUUCUCAAUCCACUAUAUGCGGCGGCAUUGCGUGGCAACGUGGCCAUUGUCAGGCUCUUGCUUGCCUAUAAGAUAACUUUCGAACAUGGUUGCGGCGAAUGUACUCCGAUAUGCUCCGAUAUCGUAUUUGCGGCAGUAAACAGCGGACACCUAGCCGUUAUGCAAGUUCUCAUCGAGGCUGGCUACGCCUGGGACGACAAAAGAAGAAGAUACGAGGAUAAGACACCACUCACUGUUGCAGUCGAUCAGGUUGAUGCAAGAAUGGUUGAAUACUUGCUGGACAAAGGGGCCAAACCCUCGCGUGAUGAUAAGCCACUUCUUGAGUCUGCCUCGGAAAAUGGGCACCUUGAAACGGUCAAAUUGCUCCUGGAACGUGGAGCAGAGCCUCAAGGAAACGCCCUUUCUUGCGCGGCUGGCAAUGGCCAUGUGGAGGUCGUGGAAGUGCUCUUAGAACAUGGGGCGGAUCCCGAUCCUGAUAUGGUUCGAGGGUGUCUGGGUACACUCUACCAUGUAGCUGACCCAAAGAAAAAACGCUACUUGUUAUCAUCCAUAAUCGAAGAUGAACUCUGGCGAUCAGUUGAGAGGCAGAAGCGGACUGCUUUCGCUGUUUCCUUUCGAGCCCUCGCCGAUUUUGAGAACAUGAUAGACCACGGAGAUGACCUAGCACAAGCUGAGAUUCUGUACAUAGCUAUUGGCUAUGGGUGGGAUGAUGUUGUCCAGCGUGUUCUGGAGCAGGGCUUUUCCGCAGAUGGAAUCUAUCAGCAUUUUAAGGUGCGGUAUAACAGGCCUAUACUCCAAGCCAUUCAGAACGGUGAUAUUGGAAUUACCAGACUCUUGGUUGAGCAUGGUGCCAAUAUACAGGAGUACCAGGGAGAAAGCAAGGAUGAAGGCGCGCUAUCCUUGGCAAUCCAAUUGGGCAAUGUACAAAUUGCAGAGCUUUUGAUCGACCACGGGGCUGAUGUAAAUUGCAUAAGCAGCCGCGGAGAAACUGCUUUGGCCGAGGCGACGGCAUUGGCAUCCGAAGACAUAUUUCGCAUGUUGCUUGAUCGAGGAGCUGAUCCGACGAAAACGCCAUUAUAUACCGAUGAAAACGCCGUCACCAGAGCAUUGUACUUCGGUGCAGUGGAUGCGGUACAGAUCUUGCUUGAGAGAGGCAUUGCAUUGGAAAUGCCCCCGUUGCCCCAGGAGCAAGGAAAGCCCACGAACCACCGAGGACUCUAUACCCCAAAGAAUCCCAAGACAUUGCUAGAAGGGGCAUUCUUGGGAGGAGAACAAAUGGCGGAGCUGGUCUUAGACCGGGGACUGUUGAAGAUUGACCCUGAGAGCUAUGGGGCGCAAGAAGGAUUAGAGCACGCUGUCCAACUUGGAAUGACUGGGGUGGUGAAGCAGCUACUUGAACGAGGAGUUGAUCCUAAAAUAUCUUUACUAUCCGGUCGCCAAUCUUUGAUAGUGACUGCACCAUAUUCUCCAGCCACUGACGGUAGCAUCAAUGCUACAGCCAUUCUUGAUAUGCUCUUAGCCCAUGGUGCUGAUAUCGAUGAACGGCGGCUUCCUAGCAUUACACCCUUAUAUCGGGUCAUCUUGGAUGUCAACUCCGGAAAUCAGCAGGUGCGACUCUUGCUGGAGAGAGGCGCAGAUCCCUUCGCGGUGCAUGCUUGCUAUCGCGCACUCGUUACAGACGCAAGCGAUGACAAUUUCAACUCAAUACUCAGGGUCAAACGGUCAAUGCCUAGCCCCGAUACCUGGCGUCCCAAAAAAACGUUUAUAUUUGUGCCGAAUUUGAGCGAACUGGAAGAUGACCCAUUCCUUGCAUGCAUGAGACGGGGCGAUAAAGCGAUGCUUGAGGCCAUGCUUGACGCGAUUGAUCAGAAAGGAAUUCCCUUAGAAGAGUUGAAGGAUAGACUUGAUCGAGCCCGGAUGGAAGCGACUGAGAGUGGGAACCUGCACCUUCUACCCAUUCUGCAGGAUUAUUACUGGGUAAAAAAUAUCCACGCAAGUACAUGA